AAAGCGAUGAACGCCUUUACGUUCACACUGGAAGUAUAAAACCUUUGCUUGCUCCAAUGGCUUUGCCUCAUUCCCUUCCACAAACUCCAUCAUGUUUACUUCCCUUCCCUCCAUCAUUUUUGCACUGCUCAGCUCCCUCGCUGGUGUCAAUGCGUGUAUACAGUGCCCAGGCUCAUUGAAGGUCGACGGCAGUGUCUCACACCUGUCCAGUACCAACCCAUUCGACCAGUUCACAUUUUGCUUUUACACAAAUGCCAACUUGUCAGGUGGCGAUUCAUCAGUAGCCUGUGAGUAUGACAACGAGACCGCCAAUCUUUUAUUUGGGUAUGAGUCUUGUCCGGUUACAGCAACUAUGAAGAAUAACUGCUGAAUGUGAUCUGAAGAGGCGGGGGCGACGAGACAUCCAACAGGAGAAGCAAUGUUCGUCUGCAGACAGCCGGGUGUACACUAGUACUUAGACACUAUCUGUUACGAGAAUU